CUGCUCCGCUCCGGCAGCAUCCAUCUCUGCACCGGGACACACACAAACACACACGACAAGAGGCUGCUGGGAAACAGAACAGGCGACAAAAUAGGAGUAAGGGGGGAAACAUCACACACGCUGCUGUGCCCGACAUUGGGAAGGCGGUCCGUGUUAUACAAAACCACCAACAAUCGACUGUCCUUCAUAAUUUAAACAUCACAGCGGUGAUGCUCGGAGGUCCCACUUGGCUGUUGAAGUGAUGCAUCCUGCAGGACUGUGUGAACAGUAAAAUGAUUUGAUCUUCGCUGUGGAUAGAUCUAGUCGGUGUUGUUGAUGAUAAGAGGGAGCAUGAAGUUUGCGGUUGCGGUGUUGUGGUUCUCCCUUGCUCUCGGGAAGGCUACUGUGCAAGCUCAGGAAGACUUUGUGUCGCUGGCCGAGAUGGAGGAUUCCUUGUUGAGGAACCUUUUCAAGGGUUACCAGAAGUGGGUGCGGCCUGUCCAGCACGCCAAUGACACCAUCACUGUACGCUUUGGACUCAAGAUCUCACAGCUGGUUGAUGUGGAUGAAAAGAACCAACUGAUGACAACAAAUGUUUGGCUCUGGCAGGAGUGGGUUGACGUGAAGCUGAAGUGGAACCCAGAUGACUACGGAGGUAUUACCUCCAUCAGAGUGCCUUCAGAGACUAUAUGGCUGCCUGACAUUGUCCUGUAUGAAAAUGCGGACGGUCGCUUUGAGGGUUCCCUGAUGACCAAAGCCAUUGUGCGCUGGGAUGGUACCAUAACAUGGACUCCACCUGCCAGCUACAAGUCCGCCUGCACCAUGGAUGUCACCUUCUUCCCCUUUGACCGACAGAACUGCUCUAUGAAGUUUGGCUCCUGGACUUACGAUGGAAACAUGGUGGAUCUGGUCCUGGUGGAUCACUAUGUGGACCGUAAAGACUUCUUCGAUAAUGGCGAAUGGGAGAUCCUCAAUGCCACAGGAGUAAAGGGAAGCAGGAGGGAUGAGGUGUACUGGUACCCGUUUGUCACCUACUCCUUCAUCCUCAAGAGAUUGCCCUUGUUCUACACCCUCUUCCUCAUCAUCCCAUGCCUCGGCCUCUCCUUUCUGACUGUGCUGGUGUUUUAUUUGCCAUCAGACGAAGGAGAGAAACUGUCACUUUCCACAUCUGUGCUGGUGUCACUCACUGUGUUCCUUCUGGUCAUAGAAGAAAUCAUCCCUUCAUCCUCAAAGGUGAUCCCACUGAUCGGAGAAUACCUGCUCUUCAUCAUGAUCUUCGUCACUUUCUCCAUCAUCGUCACUGUCUUUGUCAUUAACGUCCACCACCGUUCCUCUGCUACUUACCACCCCAUGGCCCCCUGGGUAAAGAGCCUCUUCCUUCAGAAACUGCCCAGACUGCUGUGUAUGAGGGGACACACUGACAGAUACCACUUUCCAGAUAUGGAGAUGCGCAGCCCAGAGCUGAAGCCCCGCAGAGGUGUGGGGAGGAGGGGGGUUCCUGGCCACAGUGGCAGCCAGCAGAGAGGCCCCCUCGCAGGGAAGGAGGACGAGAACCAAGCCUGGCUGGCCAUGCUGGAGAAAGCCACGAGUUCAGUUCGCUACAUCAGCCGUCACAUCAAAAAGGAGCACUUCAUACGAGAGGUUGUUCAAGACUGGAAGUUCGUGGCUCAGGUGUUGGACAGGAUUUUCCUGUGGGCCUUCCUCACAGUAUCAAUACUGGGAACUGUCCUUAUCUUCACCCCUGCUCUGCAGAUGUACCUCAGCACACCUUGAUAAACACACACAAACUCACAAAUGCUCUCCAACAGCUCAUCCUUGUUUUCCAGUUUGUCUUUGGCUAUGAUUUAUUGAUAAAGCUCAAUAAAACAUUCACACUGUGUAUUUAUAUUGUAGAAACAAACUUUUACCUACAGUAUGGUUUGCAAGCCUGUAAUGAUUUCUGGAAACUGUAAUGUUCUUGAUGCAACUUGUCAUUCAUUUUGAGGUGCAUGCACAGGAGUGCAAAGGAGUGAAAGCAAUAAGCAGGUUAUAGUAGUGUGUAUAAUUUGAAUAUCCAUGUUCGUAUAACUGUAACAUUGUAAUUAUUCAUGCAACAACAUGCACAAUAUCACAUAUCAGUUGUUUUGUGUGUCACAUGCACCAUAUUGUCCAGCCAGCUGUAUUCUAAUGUAAGUGCUGUAAUGAUGAUGAUAAUGAAAAAUGAAUGAAAAAAUCUGAUGUACAAAAUCAA